UAGUAUGCAUACAUUCCAUCGUUCAAUUUUUCUAGCUUCUACUUUUACAAAAUGCAAUAAUUAUCCAUCUUUACUUUUAAAAAAAUAUCAAAAUAAUCUAGUAAAUAUUUCUAAAUUUACAACUUUUUCAAUAGAUACUCCUAAUGAAAUUUAUAAACAUACUAAGUUUAAAUUAAAAUUUGAUCCUAAAGAAGUAGAAGAAGAAACUCUAUCAAUUUUACUUGAUCCUCAAGGACCUUAUGCGGAAUUACCAAAAUAUAAAAGAGCUCCAGCACCAAGAGGAGUUGAUUUCAAAAAGCUAACAAGCUUGGAAAAAUAUGUUUUUUCUAAUCCUUAUGCUUCAAUAAUUGGAUCACCAAUUCGUCAAUGUAUUUAUCAUCAAAGAUGGUUUCCUCAAGAUUUCUUGGUAAGGUUCAUAAGAGCUUAUGAUAGUGAAACAUCUUCAGUAUGGAUCGUACCAGAUUUUAGGGAAGAAGGUGGUUCAAAAAGACCUGGUAAAGGUUAUUGGAUAAGAUGUAAUGCUAAAAUAUUACAGGAUUUUUUUAUGGAAGGUAAAUAUAAAUCAAUUGAUAAUAGAGCAUAUUGGAGAGAAGAUAUGCAUGAACAUGUUUGGAAUUUACUUGUUGAAGAUUCUAUAUUAAGAAUUGAUAGGAUUAAUGAAAAGUUGGGUACAAUUAAAUUUCCUAUGAAAAAAGAGGAAGCUUUUUUACCCAUUAUCAAAGAUUCAGAUCAUUAUUAUGUAGAUUAUCAUAAAUCCAUUAGAGGUUUACAAUGUGUAUUGGUGCUUGAUGACCCUUCGGAUAAGACGAUUGAAGAAGAAUCGGAUAAGAGUGAAAAUGAAUAUUAUAAUAUAAAAUCAACGAAAUUAAAGAAAUCAGAGGAUUCUUAUAUACCCUUAAAAAUACCUUCAAAUCAUAUUUGUUCAUUGAGAAAAGUAACUUACAAUAAUAACUAUGUAACUCAACAUAUUCCAUUUUAUUAUGUUAAAACUAUCUGGGGUGAUGAAGGAAUUAGAAAAAUCAAAGAAUAUGCUCAAUUGAAAGAAAACCAAAAUAUGAUUGGUAUAAUAUGUAUGCCGCAUACUAAACAAUUUGCUAUAUCCUUAUGGAAAUUGAGAAAUUUUUGGCAAUAAAAGAGUUUAUUUGUAUUAUCGAAUAGUUUUCUUAUUAUCAAGUAAUGUUUUAAUAAUAAAAUAAUUUUAUUUUC